CAUCUUCUCAACAAAAACAAGUAUAUAGAUUUGUUUGUUCUUGCUUGUAUAAUUUGUAGUCAUGGUUGUCAGUUUCUUGUUGGGAUUUGUGAUUGGGUUUUUCUUGUCCUGCAAUUUCAUUUCGUCUUUCAUGCAAGGAUUUCUGCAGUCUUUUAUGGCCAAGAACUCGGUUUUAGCUUCCAAUGGGGGGCCUCCUUCUUAUCCGGUUCUCGGCUGUUUAAUCUCUUUUUACAAGAACCGCCGCCGUCUGUUGGAUUGGUACACCGAUCUUUUGUCGGAGUCGCCUCGCCAGACCGUCGUAGUGAGGCGGCUCGGUGCACGGCGUACGGUCGUCACUGCUAACCCGGAUAAUGUCGAACACAUACUCAAGACCAACUUCAAGAAUUUCCCCAAAGGGAAGCCUUUUACUGAAAUCCUCGGCGAUCUUCUCGGCUGUGGGAUAUUUAACGUAGAUGGGGAGCUGUGGAGCACUCAAAGGAAGCUCGCCAGCCAUGAGUUUAGCACUAAGUCUUUGAGAGAAUUCCUCGUGAAAACGCUCCGGGAAGAAGUCGACGGUCGGCUCGUACCGUUGCUUGAAUCGGCGAUGGAAACGGAGGAAGUUCUUGAUUUGCAGGACGUGUUUAGAAGAUUCGCUUUCGACAGUGUGUGUAAAGUAUCAUUGGGUUACGACCCUUGUUGCUUGGAUCUUUCGAAACCGGUGCCGCCGCUCGUUACGGCGUUCGAUACGGCGUCGGAGGUAUCCGCCAUGCGGGGAAUGGCGCCCAUGUUCGUGGUGUGGAAAUUAAAGAGAGCACUUAACGUCGGAUCGGAAAAGAAACUCAAGGAAGCGAUCGAGCUCGUUCACGGCUGUGUUUUGGAGAUCAUUCGGAACAAAAAGAAGGCACUCGAAGAAGCUAAAACCAAAAGCGGCGCCGUUGUCGGCGGUGAAGACCUCCUGACGAGGCUGUUAUCCGCUGGCCACGAAGAGGAAGUCGUGAGGGAUAUGGUGAUUAGCUUCAUAAUCGCCGGAAGAGACACCACUUCCUCCGCCAUGACGUGGCUGUUCUGGCUCCUCUCGAAGCAUCAAAACGCCGAGAAAAUGAUGGUAAAAGAAGUGGAAUCGAUGGUUAACAGUAAUGGAGGAAACGGAUUCGAUUUCGAAACGUUAAAGGAAAUGAACUGCGUCAAGGCCUGCAUCUGCGAGUCGAUGCGGCUUUACCCUCCGGUUGCAUGGGACUCCAAGCACGCCUUAAACGACGACGUUUUGCCCGACGGGACUCUCGUCGGGAAAGGAGACAGGGUAACGUAUUUCCCCUACGGAAUGGGGAGGAUGAAGGCGUUGUGGGGGGACGACAGGUUCGAGUUUAAACCGGACCGGUGGUUCCAAGAACCGAGUGCCGAAAACGGGUUUUUAAAUCCGGUCAGCCCUUUCAAGUUCCCGGUUUUUCAGGCCGGUCCAAGGGUUUGCCUUGGGAAAGAAAUGGCGUUCAUUCAGAUGAAGUACGUGGCGGCUUCAAUUCUGAAACGGUUCCAGAUCAGACCGGUGAACGGGGAUCAGCCCGUUUUUGUUCCUCUCUUGACCGGCCAUAUGGCCGGCGGUCUCAAUGUCAUGGUAAAGAGAAGGGAACUGAAACAGUGAGAUCAAGCGUCCAACUUUAAUCAACGUAAUAUUACAUUAUC